AUGAUAUUUUAUAUGGAGUGUUUUAUUAAAUUUAUUCACACGAAAGCUCGGCGGAGGAUGGAUAGAUAUAAAGAUGGGCCAAAAGACAAGCAGCCUACCUUGCUUCUACCUCUCUCCUUUGGCGUCUCGUCAUUAUCGCUCCUUCAUCUGUUAGAUGACCAACUCGCGCACCAUCGAAGCAAUGAAUAUAAACGGGUCCCAUACAAGCUUCAUGUCCUGUCCGUGGAUUCACCUACCUUAGAUGUCCCAGAGGAAUCAAGGACUACGAGACUGGAGAUACUGCGGUCCAACUUUCCCGAUCACACCUUCACGGAAAUCCCUCUACAUUCGAUCUUCCGAUAUGACGAGAACGUGGCAGAGUUCAUGCUACAACAUUAUUCCAAUCGAGAUAUAAGUGACGCAUCUAUAACAGACGAGAACCGGCUGGAGGCUUUCCGGUCCUCCCUUUCUACUCCUACCUCCCGAGCAGACUUUGAUUGUGUAUUGCUAAGGAAGCUAGUUGUUGCCUUUGCAAAUUCUGAAGGCUGCGAUGGUAUUCUAUGGGGCGAUUCUGAUAGUCGACUUGCAGCAAAAGCUCUUGCGGGAGUUGCAAAUGGUAGAGGGACUGGCUUGCCUUGGGAGGUAUGUGACGGUCCAACUCCAUGGGGAGUUCAUUUCACUUUCCCGGUCAGAGAUAUCUUCAAAUCAGAGCUAGUGCAGUAUGCGUCAGUCAGGUUUCCCGAUUUAAUAUCAAAGAUUGGGUCAAAAGAGCAGAAAAUCUUCAACGACCAGGCCACAAAGAAUAUGUCCAUCAGUGACUUGAUGACUCAGUAUGUUGAACAACAGGGAGAGAAAUAUCCUGGUGUUAUGGCGAAUAUCGUCCGGACAAUCGAUAAAUUACAGCCACCGAAAUCGCAUACAGGUCUAAGCUGUGUCUACUGUGGAGUGCCAUUAGAAUCGGCGCAGAUGGACCCAGCGACUCUCAGUAUACUAGAAGAACGAGACCUCAUAGUCGAUAAGGAUGUGAAGGCCACUCUAACUUGCUACGGCUGUGCUAGGACCUUUCUCGAUUUUAAACAGUCAGCCACUUCAAAAUAA